GGGUCUGACACUCACACAAAUUUCAUUCCAUACAGUUUAAACCUGCAUAAUUUUGCAUAAUAUGUUAUCGCACCCAAUUCAUGUCUGAAAUUACUUAAAAUUGACUUUCUCAAUAUUUCCAAGUGUAUUGUAAUAGAGGCAAGAAUUAAAUACCACUGUAAAACUGCACAUGUCAUUUCCUGAGAAUAAGAGGAAACACCCAGUCAGGAAGUUAUGUGUAAAGUUUGCAUCAAGCUAUGAAAUUAGAACAACGCAUCAACAUCAACAUUUAACAUAUGCACAGAGAACCUAGUAUAUUGACAAUGGAAGUUGAUUUGGCCUUGCUGAAGUCCACAAAAGGUCUACUGAAAAUAGCAGAAAUGGUGUGUGCUUUUGUGGCUUUUGUGUGUUAUGCAGUGGCAUCUCGGCCUCCCUACAUUGCGGCGACAUGCAUGGAGUUUUUCAUCACACUUGGUUUUCUUCUGCUCUACCUUCUGAAACUCAACAAGUUGUUCACUUUCUUCUUCUGGCCCCUUAUCGAUGUGUUCAACUCAUUCUUUGCAGCAGCAUGUAUGUUUAUUCUCAGCAGAGUAGCAGUUUCUACGUAUACUGUAAAGGGCACUCUGAGCGGAGGGAUUGUGGGUUUUGUGGCUGCAGCCUUGUGGUGCUUGGAUGGCUAUAUGCUUUUAAAAAAAAUCACAUUCAACAAGCCAAGAACCACCAAAGAGGCCCAUGCAGAGGGAGAUUAGAGCUCUUCAGGACCAGCUCUUAUUUUGCAGACGGACCAACUAAAAUAUAUAUAUAUA